GAGCCGCUAGGAAUCCCCCAACCCGAGUGGCCCGGCGCCGCGCCUCCUCUCUGGCUGGCUCUCUCUCCCCCGUCCGUCCGUCCGUCCGCGCAAACAAACCACAUUCCCUUCCCUCCCUCCACCACACGUAGCGCGCCGCACCCGCACGGGCGGCCCGCCUCCGCCUCCACACGACACCAGCCGAUCCCCUCCCCUUCCACACCUGACGCCGACGAGUCCCGCGUGGGCGGCGGCGCCGGCGAUGCCCCCCGCGCUGACGGCGUGAUACCCAGAGCGACCCAGCGAAUAUCCGAAUCCCCCAGCCAACAACACCACCACGGCCUCCCCCUCCCUCCCUCCCUCACUUCCCCACCGCGAAUCCGGGGGACGCCUCCUCCUCGCCUCUCUCUCCCUCUCCCUCUCCCUCUCGCCUCCCUUCCCCCGCCCCUAAAGCGCGACCGCACCGCCGCCCGGAGCCCAGCCGCCCAAGUCGGCUGCUCGCCCCCUCUCCCGCUUGCUCAGCCGACCCCGGGAGCCCAGGAUCGUGCCAGAGGCAGGCAGGCAGGAAAGGGGCUAACGAGAGCAGCUGGUUGGGACUGGUGGAUUGGCAAUCGUGUGAUGUACUUGGCUCUGCCGCUGAUCCAACUCAAGCCAGCUUGAUCACGCAGCCUCGGCACACCAUGGCGCCAUCCGCUGCCGCUGCAGCCAGCAGCACCGAGGCUGACGGGGCACAGCGCAUGGCCAAGUUCCUCUGCAGUUUCGGAGGCAGCAUCCUGCCCCGCCCCCUCGACGGCCGUCUCCGCUACGUCGGCGGCGACACCAGGAUCGUCAUGCUGCCCCGCGACAUAUCCUACUCCGACCUGGCGGCGCGGAUGCGGGAGCUCUAUGACGAUGCCGAUAUCAUCAAGUACCAGCAGCCUGAUGAGGAUCUUGAUGCACUGGUCUCGGUUGUUAAUGAUGAUGAUGUGGUGAACAUGAUGGAGGAGUAUGACAAGCUCAUUGCUGCGGGAGAGGGGUUCACUAGGCUCAGGGUCUUCUUAUUCUCGCAGCACCUGGAUGAUGAGGCUGCAUCAGCAGCUGUGCAUUACCAUGGGGAUGAGCGGGAGACGGAGAGGAGGUAUGUCGACGCGCUUAACAGCCUUGGUGACAUGAGAUCACCUUCAUCUCCUGUGUCAGUGGAGCAGCUUUUUGGUAUCGGAGGCAAUGAGUCAGGAAUUCCCGAUAUUGCUGGCCUGCGGCAUUUGAAUGUUCCUCGUGCCUCACAUAAUCAGCGGUAUGGGGAGAUGGAUUCUCCUUGGAGCCCUGCAUAUAUCUCUCCGGGGCAGUAUGGAGUGCCUGAUCCAAGGGAUUUUCCCAUUUCACCAUCAUCUGCAAGGUUUCAAGUUGGAGCAGAGGACUUUGAUGAGAGGAUUCCUGAUGAUUUUGUGAGGCAAUCGCCAAAAUAUCGGCAUUAUGAGGCUCAGUCACCGCCACAUGUGGAUAACUUGGUCUGGCUUCCACCUGGUGCUGUAAUUCAGCAAAAUGCUGGCUUCCCAGGGAAUUUGGGCCGCUCCGGCAAUUUCUUGGAUGGAAACAGUGUAUAUGACUCCCGUUCGUCAUUCCAGAAGGGUCAAGGUUCAGUGAGUGAUCCUCGUUAUAUGGAUCCCCGUUGGAGGCCAGUCCAACAACAUUUUGAUCAAUCAAGCAUGGCAAGUGAGUAUUCUGCUCACCCUGCUAUUCAGCGUCCAGAUUAUGGUCGUCCUGGUGAGCAUUAUGUUGUAGGCCAAGAUGUUAGACUGGAAAAUGGUGUUUAUGUGAAAGAGCAAACGGUGCAUCCCAACCAAAGCCAUCAACGGUAUGAGGAUCCAAGGUUGAAUCUGCCUGCUAAUGGUAGAGUGAUGGAUCCGUAUGCUGAUAGCAACUCAGCUAAUUCUGCAUUUGCACCCAGCAAAGUAUAUGAAAUGCAUUCAACAUCUCACAGCCGCUCAAGCCAUGAAAGUCCCCACUAUUAUCAUGGCAGUGGCCAGGGCGAGCAUGUGAGUAGUGGCUCCUAUGUCCAGACAUCAGGUUUUGAAGAAUCGACAGGCCAGCAUUACAGCCAUACUUCAACAUAUGGUGCUGAUACCUUUUACCAAAUGCAGCAGAACUUGCCGCCACUUCAAUCCAUGAGAAGGAGAGCAAGCAGCCCUGUUCACACAGGCUCAUCAUAUGAAUCACCGCACCUGCCGAUCCCAAAUGGGAGCAUCAACUCCAACUUUGUCAGAAACACAGGUGAUGUUAGUCCAAGGAUUCCUGGUAUGCCUGCAUAUGAUCGAGUCCCAAACCCAUGGCCUUCACCCAAUGGCAACAUACCAUAUAGAAUCGUUGGACAUGAUGUUCCCGCUGUUGUUGAGAACCCUUCUUCCCUUGGUUCUCGGUCAGGUCCAAACACUGCUCAGUAUGUUCAGCCUUUCUUUGCCCCAGAAUCAGUCCAGCAGCAACCAGGAGCUCCAUUGGUAGAAAUUUUUCCUGAAAGAGCAUCCGCUGGACCCAUGCUAUCACCGCUUGAUGGUAAAGUAUCUGUUGCUGCGGUACCCCUUGCUGAUCAUUUGUCCAGGUUGGACAUUAACACAACAAAGAAAUUGGAAGGAGCAGAUGAUGAAAGGCACACUCAAAAUGUGACUGAAACAAAACCUUCACACGCUGCGAGUGACCCUAGCACCUUGGUUCACAAUGUUGGAGUUGAUCUCCAACGGGGCAAACCUACAGAACAUGACGGUGGGGCUGUUGCAUUGCAGCAGUGUGGGGAUAUAUCGGAGAACAGAUUAAAUAUCCUUCCAGAGUUUGUUGCCUCUGUUAAAAAGGCUGCACUGGAAGAGUCUGAGAAGCCAGUAGAGGUUCAGCCAGAUGCUCGUCCUGCAAAUUCACCUGUUUGUGAUAACGGCAAUGAUGGGAAGAAGUUUGAUGAGAAUACUGAUGUAGAUCAGGACCCUGAUGUGCAUGGAAGCUGCGACCAGCACAAAAGUUCUGGGAUCGAAACUACACCCGCUGAAGCUGAAGCUUUGUCUAAAGGAUUACAGACUAUAAGAAAUGAUGAUCUGGAGGAAAUCAGAGAGCUUGGUUCGGGUACUUAUGGGUCAGUCUUUCAUGGUAAAUGGAGGGGUUGUGAUGUUGCCAUCAAAAGAAUAAAAGCUAGUUGCUUUGAUGGAAGGCCAUCUGAGAGAGAGCGCUUGAUAGCGGAUUUCUGGAAAGAAGCUCAGAUCCUGAGCUCGCUUCAUCAUCCAAAUGUAGUUUCAUUUUAUGGUGUUGUUCGUGAUGGCCCUGAUGGAAGCUUAGCGACUGUUACCGAGUUUAUGGUCAAUGGGUCUCUCAAACAAUUCCUGAGGAAGAAAGACAGGACAAUUGAUCGCCGCAAAAGGGUUAUAUUGGCUAUGGAUGCUGCAUUUGGCAUGGAAUAUUUGCAUGGGAAGAAUAUUGUCCAUUUCGAUCUCAAGUGUGAGAACCUACUGGUAAACAUGAGAGAUCCACAACGACCGAUCUGCAAGAUUGGUGAUCUUGGGCUAUCAAAGGUGAAGCAGCAUACUUUGGUGUCUGGUGGUGUUAGAGGAACCUUACCAUGGAUGGCACCUGAGCUUCUGAGUGGGAAAAGUGAUAUGGUGUCCGAGAAGAUUGAUGUCUACUCAUUUGGUAUUGUGAUGUGGGAGCUACUUACCGGGGACGACCCUUAUUCUGAUAUGCGUGCAGCUGAAAUUAUUGGGGGCAUCGUGAACAAUUCUCUUCGUCCUCAGAUCCCUUCCUGGUGCGAUCCUGAAUGGAAAUCAUUGAUGGAAGGUAGUUGGGCUGGUGAACCAGCUCAAAGGCCAUCCUUCACUGAAAUAUCUCAAAGGUUGCGGAAAAUGGCCGCGGCAAUGAAUGUUAAAUAAAGGGCUCAAUUUAUUACAACGCGAAGAGGCAUGUAAGGAAUCCCAUGUCCAGUUCCCUGACUAGAGGAAGGCAAACCCGGAAUAUAUGUUACAUGUGUCUUGGCAGCGUCUCGGUUUAUCCUAGUUGAAAUGAGAUUUUAUGAAGGCCUUCCAUGGGAGGAGAAACUCAUCACGGACGGUUCUAAAGCGUAUUUGAUGUGAGCCUCCCCUGUUCCUUCGACAAAAUUUUGAAGUGGUUCUGGCAAACGUGACUUCUCCAUUUCCUGCCUGCAGGAGUCGUCAGCUGCCGCCGUUUGCCUUCAAGUACGAUAUAUAUAUUGCAUCUGUCCAUUCCUCAUGACGGGAACUGUUGGGGUUUGUAAUGUAAAUAAAUUUUGGCCCGCUCCGUCCGGUGCAUGUUAGAUGUUGCACGGGACUAGACACGGUGCAAAGCUGGACGCAGUUAUCCCUUUUUCUUUCAUACGAUUGUGUCCUGAGAAAAAGAGGGAACAAACUCUGAACAAGAGAUAUCCUUAUUCAGAUUGUACAUAGUUCACGAAUAAGAUUUGCGGGCCGCCUUGAAAAUGUUCUUUCCUGUA